ACAAACGGCUUUCCGGCUAGGGUUCUGCCACCUGCGACGAGAAAUGGCCUCCUCGCUCAUUGGCAUCCUUCGAGCCGGGAGCUCGAUUAUCGGCGUCGCUAUCGCGAAGGCGGGCGUUCGUGCUUUACCCCGGACUCCGAAGAUUUCAUCUCUCCCAUCUCGAGCUCUCACCGCCCGAUGCCUUAGCACCUCCUCCGCCGCUCCCAACAGCUUCCAGAGGUACCCUCCGCCUCCGCCUCCAUCUCCGCCACCGCAUCCCUCUGGUCCCCGCGGUUAUCCGCAAGACCACCGGAACGCUAACCAGUGGCCGUCGCAAAACCAGCACCAACGCUCUCCAUCACCAUUUAACAAUCCUCCUCCUCCCUUCGCUGGCCAUUCCCCGGUGGCCAACGUCCCGCCCCCUGUUGUACCCCCUCCACCUGGCCCCGUCGACCUCGUGGCCCUCGCUCGAGAGGGAAAGCUCAAGGAAGUUGUUGAUCUGUUGAACCAAGGCGUCCGUCCUGAUCCGCCUACCUUCUUCGAGCUCGUCGCCUCCUGCUCCGACCCUAAACAUCUUGAAGAGCUGAAGAAGAUUUUUGAGUUCUUCUUCCGUUCCCCUUUCCGUGCUGACCUACAGAUCAACAACAAGCUAUUGGAAAUGUUCUCCAAGUGCGGCAGCAUGGCUGAUGCUCGCCGGGUGUUUGAUCGAAUGCCUGACCGAACUAUGGACUCGUGGCACCUGAUGAUUGAUGGCUAUGCAGCAAACAAUCUCGGUGAUGAUGGAUUGCAGAUGUUUGAGCAGAUGAGGAAGGCUGGGGUUUGCCCCAGUGCAAGGACCUUUCUUUCGGUCUUAGCUGCUUGUGCCAGUGCUGAGGCAGUUGAAGAGGGCUUCAUUCAUUUCGAUGCCAUGUAUAAAGACUAUGGGAUAACGCCACAGAUCGAGCAUUACAUCGGGAUGAUUGAGGUUCUCGGGAAGUCUGGUCACCUCAAUGAAGCUGCGGAAUUCAUUGAGAAAUUGCCAUUUGAACCACCAGCAGCUGUCUGGGAAGUGCUCAUGAAUCUGGCUCGGGCUCAGGGUGAUAUAGAUCUUGAGGAUCGUGCUGGGGAGCUCAUGGUUUUUAUGGAUCCUAGCAAGAGCAUUUCAUCCAAGAUCCCAACGCCUCCGGCUAAGAGGCGAUCGGGUUUAAACAUGUUGGAUGGAAGGAACAAGCUGGGGGAGUAUCGAUUACCACCGAAGAUUGAAAAGAAGGUGGUGAAGGAGCAAGUGUACGUGCCUGAUACCAGAUACGUGCUCCACGACAUUGAUCAGGAGGCCAAGGAACAGGCUCUGCUGUACCACAGUGAGAGGUUGGCAAUCGCCUAUGGACUGAUAAGCACGCCUGCCAGGACACCACUUCGGAUCAUCAAGAACCUCAGGAUAUGUGGCGACUGCCACAAUGCAAUCAAGAUCAUGUCAAGGAUCGUCGGGAGGGAGCUCAUUGUGAGGGAUAAUAAACGGUUCCACCAUUUCAAGGACGGGAAGUGCUCUUGUGGAGAUUAUUGGUGAAGCUGCUUCAUCCAAGAUGGGACGGCGACGGAGACGGCAAUAAGAACUAAAAGGUUGUGGGGGGAGGAAAGAAAGGAUAUAUUUGGUAAUAUCGAGAUUGUAAAU